AUGGAGAAACCACCUCUUCAGCCAAUCUCAGAAUCGCUGCCGGAGUCCUUGAACUUCAGCAACACUCUGCCUUCGCCAAGUAGCAGUCGAUCCAACCCCAAGUUCGGACCUCCUCGAUUACGGCAGCCAUGGCGGCAUUCAGUCUCGACAGAAGGGUUUGGCCUGAUUUCACGGACGAUUCGAGAGUUCAAACCUGAUCGUCAACGUCGCCGACUGUUCACUGUAGGCAUCUGGCAAUGGUUCAUCACCUCUUUGCUCUGUGGCCUGUUGGCUGCAUGCCUCGGAGCCUUCGGAAACCUCUUGUGGAUGACAGUAACACAAGUCAAAGCCUUCAACGCCCUCAUCGUGCUUCUUUCUCUCUUUCUCGGGAACAAUCUGACAAGCUCAUUGCGAGAAUACGCAACUAUGAUGCGGUGGAGAAUGCUGGCUUCGAAGUACCGCUCUCUGCAUGAGUUCGAUUUGUUGAUGCGUUGCGACAGUCUACGGAAGGUCGCACGGUUGUUUUGGGCAGCAAGGACUCCAGGAAGAGUGUGGUUCUGGCUGAACUCAACACAGUGGCUUUGUGCUUUGUGGCUGGGAGUCAACGUCCUCCUGCAGAUUCUUGUGGCCCUGCUGGGUUUGACGUAUAACCUCGACACCUCCAGUAUUCCCGAACGCCAAUUUGGAACGAUGAGCAUUGCCGAUUUGAAUGUCAUCCGUGACGUCUGGGGGGCAGAAAAUCCGUCUUUUGACGCGCAGUUGGGCUCUGCAAACUACUUCGGCAUUCAAGGCCAGGACUAUCUCUUCGUCGAGGGUAGUCCCCCUGGGCAAGGGAAAGUUCCGAGCUACGGAACACCUGGCACGCCUACUAUCUACGCCGACCAACAAUGGGACGUAAUGACAUAUGUGUUUCAAGACCAGAAUAUCCAAAACCCCCAACUCACCUUGGUUUCUUACCGCAAUAUCAGUGCAACGGCCACCUGCAAAGAAUUCAAAGUUGUUGAAGGCGGCAAUGGAACCAGUACGUUCGUUACCUACCUUGACGAAACUGGAGAGCAAACCACCCUCGAUGUCGUCCGUGUUGGACCGGGAGCAAUGACGUAUAUCGGUGUGCUCAACUCUACCUGUGGGCCACGCUGCACGGAGGUGUUUGCGUUGCAAAGCGCUAACGGCAACACGAUCCCUAAAUCAGCGUUCUUCAAGUGCCAAAGUAAAAUUUCAGAAGUGCGAGGGGUUGAAGAAUAUCUUUACAACGGAGAGCCAGCGGAGUCAUUCGAGAUGCCCGAGCCGCAAGCGAGGAUCAUUGCAGGUUCCAUCGGAUGGUCGGGCUUCAACUAUACGCCAGGUGACAUGUAUCAGUAUGUCCGAUACAACACGGAAACUUGGUGGAGCCCCAAUGGCCCUGCAGAUGCGGGUAUGAUAUCUCAGCGAAUUAUGGAAUUCGGCAUUGAAGCUGUGGCAGCGAUUGACUACAACGGACCAAGACGCAACGUGCCAGGCUGGUAUGCUAUUCCAGCGCAAGUGGUGCGUGUGGAAUGGCGCUGGUCGGCUUCAAUCUUGGGACUGAUACCAUUCUUCCAACUGGUGGCGUUGAUCUGUGUCAUAGCCUGGGCCAACUCCGCCAUUAUUCGGGAUGACAGUUUCUUGAGCACCGCCCAACUGCUACGGCCUAUUGUCGAGAAACUCGGCGACAGGGGCUGUUUGCUGACCGGCCAGGAAAUCGCGGAGGAGUUGGCGGAGCUGAGGGUAAAAUAUGGGUGGAGAGAGCCAGGUCCCGAUUUCGUCUUUCGAAAUGAGAUUGACGGCGAUGUCGUCAGGCAUGUUGACAUCCUGGAGGAGGGCGAAGGAUUUGGCAAACAAGGUCCCAUGCCAGCUGGACGCUAUGAUGGACUUGAACCCAAAACGCAAUACAGGCCGGAGGCGACGACGGAUCCGCUACGGCAAAGGAAGCGCGGGAGACGAUCCAUGAGCUUAUGA